AAUAAACUCCUAAUUAUCAUGAAAACGACGCCGUAAUCACCCUAUUAACUCGAUCACCAUGAGCAAUGGAAAAACCUAACUGAAGUGUGGUUUGGAAAUCUUUAUUCAAUUGAGAAUUCGUAUGUAGAAGAGAGAAAAUGAUACCAAUUUGGCGGCAGAUCUCCAGAACUUUCACUUCUUCAUCACCAGCUCCUUUUUCUUCUAGAUUUUUCUCCACUUCAUCUCCAUACUUGGUGAAGGUUGGAAUUCCAGAAUUUUUGAAUGCGAUUGGGAAAGGAGUGGAGGGUCAUGUGGAAAAGCUCGAGAAUGAAUUUGGGGACCUUCAAAAGUUGCUCGUUGCUCGUACCUUGAAACUCAAGAAACUUGAAAUUCCUUGUAAACAUAGGAAGUUGAUACUGAAGUAUUCGCACAAAUACAGAUUGGGACUUUGGAGGCCACGAUCUGACAUGGUCAUGCUUUAGAGCCUCAACACUUUCUACACAACAUGAUUGCAUGCUUCCCUAUCUAAAUCAACUUUGUACCAGGAAUUUUGUUAGGUUCAUUGACAGUUAUAGCUUUCAUAGGAAAUUUUGUUAGGUUCUAUUUCGGAACAAACAUUUUAUUUCAAAUUGUAGAUUUCAAUUAUGAAAUUAUUAAUGAAGAAUUUGAGAAUAACAAGGUUUGAAAAGUCAUUUCUCAAAUUCUCUUCUUUAA